GUUUACUUCGAGGAAGGCCAUUGGGCUCCGGGCUGAAUCACGUAGUGGAACGACGUUUAGAAAGCAGCCAUCUUGCAAUCCCUAAUCAAAGAUCUUUGGCUAGCGAGUUUCGUUGCCUGGUUUUCGGGUAGUUAAUAUCAACACACAGUCCAUCAAAUGGCUUUAAAACGAAUUAACAAGGAACUUCAGGAUCUUGGAAGGGAUCCCCCCGCACAGUGUUCGGCUGGUCCUGUAGGAGAUGAUUUAUUCCAUUGGCAGGCCACUAUUAUGGGACCACCUGACAGUCCAUACCAAGGAGGAGUAUUUUUCCUAACUAUUCACUUCCCAACAGACUAUCCCUUUAAACCCCCGAAGGUUGCUUUCACAACCAGAAUUUAUCACCCUAAUAUUAAUAGUAACGGAAGUAUUUGUUUGGACAUACUAAGAUCGCAAUGGUCUCCAGCUCUUACUAUUUCAAAAGUGUUACUGUCAAUAUGCUCUCUACUGUGCGACCCAAACCCAGAUGACCCUCUGGUGCCCGAAAUAGCAAGGAUAUACAAAACUGACAGGGAGAAAUACAACGAAUUGGCACGCGAGUGGACGCGUAAAUAUGCCAUGUGAUGCGCCAAUCUCUGUUGACUUCAAGAUCCGAACACCACCUCUAUCAGCAAGCAGCCCCAGCCUAAUGCCACUUAUCGAUCAGCACCGAUUCAAUCUAGCUAUGGCUCGUCUGUUUUUAAAGUUACGCCGCAACUCGGGCCCGUAGAGCACUCGGGCAAGUCGCGAUCAAACGGAAGUUCCCUCCGGCCUGGGUAGCCCGGGUAGCCCUGCGAGUGUUAAGACGGCGCCAGGUUGGCAAUCGAGGCAAUUUUAACGGUGGUCACACGACAUUAUAUAUAAAUAUAUAUAUAAAUAUAUAAAUAUAUACGAAUCAAGAGAAAAAAAAAAAAGAACAACCAGAAACAGACAUGUCCGCUUUGAUUUUCAUAAAUAAACUGAAAUUAAGGUAUUCCUAGGUGAGUGAAGGUAGGAUUUGUAUUCCGACUUAAUAACCGUUCGUUUCUAUCGAUUGUGCUUACGACACUAAUAGAGAGUACCUACUUUCCCGGCGAAGAGAGGUCGAAAGAAAAGGAGGGGAAAUAUGUUAAAAGGAAACCCCGAGAACCGGCAACGUAACGACUUGUUAGUUUUAAACGUAACCGAGCGAUCUUUGCCCGUCCCUUGAUACGAUGCGGUCACUCUUUUGUAAGACUGGGCUCGAUAUAAAUACUACUGAAACUGUACCUAUACGAUUUGUUUGAUUAUUGAAAAUCCUCACCCGUCUGACGGAAUUAACGCGUAACACCCCUUUGGGAAAGGCUCGCGGUGUUAGAGAUUUAAUUGUUAUCGUUUUUAAGGCGGCGGCUGCGCGAUUAUGAUUUAACUUGUGUACGAUCUGGCGGAGGUGUUACGUAUUUUUCUUGUUUUACCGGGAAGAUCGCGAUGACGUUACUCGGUGUUUUGUCAUAAGGGAAACCUAGCUCAGUUAGGAUUACAUUUAUAACAUAAUUGAGUCGUGGCCGUUAAAGCGGGGCUGGACAUCUCGAUGUUUGCCCCAUACGUUUGCCAUCCAAGACUGAUCAGUGAAAAGCGCAAGCGUUUUGCGAAAUUCCACUUUAGGGUGUCCAGGUGGAUCGGUGGUUUGUUGAGUCGCAGUAACGGGUCCGAUUUGUUCGCAUAUAUGUCCCUGACGAGUACUUUUUAUGAACAGGAGCAAGUCGCGUUCAUGUCAGCCUGGUGUCUCGCUGCUAGCUCGUUUCAUGAGCAAUUGUAACAAUUGCUGCCGAUGAAGCGCGCUGGUGGUCAGAUAUGCGAAUUAUUGAAAUCGACGUUUCAACCUAGCCCCACCUAUGAAACUACCUGUUAGGAAAAUGUUUAAAACUAUGUCCACAUUGGAGUAACAUUUAUCGUUAAUCGUAUGGAAACGGAACGUGCAGAAACAUCGGUAUUAUUUCUUGUAGGGGUUGCGAGCGAAUACUAUCUCGCGAAAGAGUAACCAACAGGAGUAUUAUCGGGAAUACACCUUGGAAGGAAAAUUAUGAACGGAAUUAAAAUUAAGAUAUCUUUACAACCAAUGAUCGUUUAAGUCUCGAGUCGUUUCGUGGCCAGGCGUUUAAAUAUUAUAUCAAUAAAAAUGUAAGACCGUGAAGGAAAAUUAAUGUCGAAUAAAGUAAAUGGUUCUCCGAUGUGGAUAUAGCAUUAGCGGUAGGAACUUUUAUGGAAACUAUUGCGAAAACGUGCCGCGGUGGCAGAUUAGUGAAAAACGUCACUUUUUGCGGUUACGAGGAGGGAGUCGAAUUGGACUCCGCAUUGAAGACAAUUCGAGGAACUAGAAGUCGAAAAGUGCUUCUUCGGGCUCCGUAUCCGCGAGGACCUCUCCCUGGGGAUAAUUUGCAUCAACAGCGAACAUGUUAGUGUAUCUUAUACGUCGUUCAGGGACAGAUGAGUUCCCAUUUGGCAGAGGAACCCCGCGGAUACGACCGCUGAGUCCAAAUAGUGGAUUGCUAGUUGCGCUAAUACAUGUAAAUUAGCGUCGAGUCCAGCGAGUCAGGAACUCGCCGGUUGCAAACGAUCAUCUUUCAAUUGCUUUCUCUACGUUAAGCGUGCGAAACCUCUAUACUUUCAAUGGGCCCCUUAACAGUUUGUAGUCCCACUCCUCGAUUAAGCCCUUUCAUCCACAAUAUUAGGUGAAGGAGCACUCGCGGCGUGCAAGAAAAAAAACGGCGGCACGGUCGACGGUACACAGGCCUCUCGUCAUUUUAAUUGUCAGAUCUUCUCAACCUUUGUAUUUCGCAAUAUAUUGUGGUUGUAAAGGAUCAUUCCUGUACUCUCGAUUAAUUCCCGAACACCUGAGGUAGAGUUGUAAGAAGCGAUUGUAAGGACGAAGGGACGACCCUUUGGAAGAGAUUUUCGGCAAGAUCUCGGUCUUUGCGAAUCCUGAUUUCGGAUUUCCGAUUGCACUUUUCGCGGAUCCGACUCGCCGUGGCGGAUGGUCACUUCAUUAAGAUUAUAAGUCGUGGAUUUUGAUGUCGGAGGUUUUUACGGAAGUUGCCUCGACAGCGAGCGUACCUUCGGUCGGUGCUUUACGAUUGGCAAGCUGGUGGACGAGAUGCGGAUCUAGAAAGGACUAAAAUUGUCUAAAGUGUAAAGCGGGUGGUUCGGCGGUGCCGACUUUGCCUCACACGUACGAGCGUUGUAUUACUGUAAUUUAAUUGCGAGCAAACGCGGCGGCAUGGGUAUUUAAACCUUUUUUUUUUCUCUCCCCCCGAUUACUCGUCGUUCACCAUUUAUUAGAGAAUGAAUUAUUCAUGUGUAAUUAUUAUUAAUAUCGCAAUAAUGAACAUUUUUCAUAACUUAUCUUGUGUACAUUUUAGUGUUAGUCCUUUAUACAAUAAAGUCCACGUAACGGCCAA